AUGAGGAAAAGUGCUAAUGAAGCCUUUGAAUUACUUGAAGAAAUGGCCAUAACUAAUCAACAAUGGUCAACAGAGGGAGGCCCAACUAAAAAGGUUGCAGGUAUGCAAGAAGUUGAUGCAAUAACCAAGUUGACAGCCCAGGUGGAGGCAUUAACAAAGUUGGUGACUGCACAAGCCAAACAAGCUCAAGUUGUCUGCAAGUUGUGUGGAGGACCUCAUACUACUGACACCUGCCCUAUAGAUGUCGACAGUUUCCCAAUGGAGGAAGCCCACACCAUUGGAAACUAUCAGAAUAAUUAUGGUCGUCAGCAGAACUUCCAAAAGCAGUUUCCUAAUCAGCAACAACAAGGGUUUUAUCCUCAGCAAAGCCAACAUCAACAACAACAGGACUCUAGUAUAGGGUCUAAUCCUCAAUUGGACAUGUUGCUACAAUUCAUGACAGAGAUUAAGUCAUCCAUUAAGGUCUUGGAAAACAAAGUGGAGCAGUUGGCUUCUCAAAACACUAACAGGACUCAAGGUAACUUGCCUAGCACUACUAAAGUCAAUCCAAAGGAGAAUUGUAAUGCAAUUACCUUGAGAAGUGGUAAGACCUAUGAUGGGCAAAACAAAGACAAGCCAAAGGAGGAAGAUGAUGUAGAGACAACACCUACACCAGAGAAAGAGAAGACUACUGAUGGGCUUCCACAAAAAGAAACACCACCUGCAAUCAGCAUUGACCAUCACAUCAAAAUUCCUUAUCCUCAAAGACUUCACAAGAACAAGAUGGAUAAGCAGUUUUUGAAAUUCCUGGAAAUAUUCAAGAAACUGCAUAUCAACAUCCCAUUCAUAGAGGCUUUGGAACAGAUGCCAACUUAUCUAAAGUUCAUGAAAGAUAUCCUAUCUAAGAAAAGAAAGUUGGAAGAAUUUGAGAUGGUGGCACUUACUGAAGAGUGCAGUGCGGUCCUGCAAAAGAAACUACCACCCAAGCUAAAAGAUCCGGGUAGUUUCAACAUUCCAUGCUCAAUAGGGGGUUCGAUACAAACAAAAGCUUUAUGUGACUUGGGAGCCAGUAUCAACUUAAUGCCCCUAUCUAUGUUUAAAAGAUUAAAAUUAGGGGAAGACAAGCCCACAACAGUGACUUUACAGAUGCCAGAUCGUUCUUUGACUCAUCCUCGGGGUAUAAUUGAAGAUGUUUUGGUAAAAGUUGGUAAGUUCAUCUUCCCUGCUGAUUUCUUAAUACUUGACAUGGAGGAAGAUGAGAAUAUUCCUAUCAUCUUUGGAAGACCAUUCCUAGCAACGGGAAGAGCAUUAAUUGAUGUACAGAAGGGGGAGUUAAAGUUGCGUGUUCAAAAAGAAGAAGAGACUUUCAAGGUAUUUGCCGCAACUGAAAUUCCUACUUGUUGUCGAGUGUAA